CACACACACCCACACACACACACACACACACACACACACACACACACACACACACACACACACACACACACACACACACACAGCCUCGCGGCCACCAGUCCUCCGCCGCCUCUCUUUCAGCGCGGCUCUCCAUCCUCUCUGCGGCGGCUGCACCUCACAUCCCGGCCGCAGACUGUCUGUCUCCGCGGGGCCAUUGUGAUUCUCCCUCAUUUUUUGGAGCAUUAAAACGAUAUUGACAUGAUGGGUAACAAACAACGACGAGGCGUGCAUUUCAAGGGCUUGCUGAAGAGGAACUGGCUUCUGAUCGCCACGAUUUUCUCCGUGGUGCUCGGGAUCAGUCUGGGCGUCCUGGUCAGAGAGUAUGCGUCCCUCUCACAGCUCCACAAGCAGUAUUUCGGCUUCCCAGGAGAGAUCCUCAUGCGGAUGCUGAAGCUGGUCAUCCUCCCACUCAUCAUCUCAAGCAUGAUAACAGGUGUUGCAGCCCUGGAUUCUGAGGUGUCGGGGAAGAUAGGUCUGCGAGCUGUAGUCUAUUACUUCUCAACCACCAUCAUCGCAGUGGUUCUUGGGAUCACUUUGGUGAUGACGAUCAAACCAGGAGUGUCUCAAACAGCUGAUCACAUCGACAGAGCUGGAAUCACGCCCAACGUCACCACAGUGGACACCCUCCUGGACCUCAUCAGAAACAUGUUCCCCGAAAAUCUGGUGCAGGCUUGUUUUCAGCAGUACAAGACCAAGCGCAAAGAGUUGGACCCUCCCAAGGUUUCCAACAACAACACCACCACCAUCCCCCCCCUCACAACCGCUAUCAUGUCGGUGGUAGAGAACAUAACCAAGGAAUAUAAGAUCGUUGGCUCAUAUUCGGAUGGAAUCAACGUUUUGGGGCUCAUCGUGUUCUGUGUUGCUUUUGGCCUUGUCAUUGGGAAGAUGGGAGAAAAGGGUCGGAUACUCCUGGAAUUCUUUGAUGCUCUGAAUGAAGCCACCAUGAGGCUGGUCAACAUCAUCAUGUGCUACAUGCCAGUAGGGAUCCUGUUCCUAAUUGCUGCUAAGAUUAUCGAGGUGGAAGACUGGGAGAUCUUCAAGAAGAUGGGUCUUUAUAUGGUGACGGUGCUGAGCGGUCUGGCUAUCCACGCCACCAUCUGUCUGCCACUUAUCUUCUUCGUCAUUGUGAGGAAGAACCCGUAUACCUUCACAUUGGGAAUGGCCCAGGCCCUGGUGACAGCACUCAUGAUCUCCUCCAGCUCUGCCACCCUGCCUGUCACCUUCCGAUGUGCCGAGGAGAACAAUCGCAUCGACAAGCGGAUCACCCGCUUCGUCCUCCCUGUGGGGGCCACCAUCAACAUGGAUGGGACGGCACUGUAUGAGGCGGUGGCAGCCAUCUUCAUCGCCCAGCUGAAUGACUACCAUCUGGAUGUGGGCCAGAUUGUCACUAUCAGUAUAACAGCAACGGUUGCCAGUAUUGGAGCUGCAGGAGUCCCAAACGCUGGGCUGGUCACCAUGGUGAUAGUCUUAACAGCUGUUGGAUUACCUGCAAAUGAUGUCACUCUGAUAGUCGCUGUGGAUUGGCUGCUGGACCGGUUCCGCACUAUGAUCAACGUUCUUGGCGAUGCUUAUGGAGCCGGUAUUGUUCAGAAACUAUCCAAAAAUGAACUGGAGAGGAUGGAUCUGAUAUCAGAUGUAGAUGUCGCCAACCCUUUUGCUCUGGAAGCUACUUUGGAUGAUGAAGAGUGCGAGAAGAAGUCCUACGUCAAUGGAGGCUUCACCGUCGACAAGACAGAUGCAAUCUCCUUCACUGAAACCUCUCAGUUCUAGCCUGCGGCUCCAGGAGCAGAAAGUGCCAUGCUGCUAUGGAUGUGUUCAUGUUUCAGCCCCAUGACCAGAGAGGGACCCAUCCAAGCUUAGACAUCGGCAAGAGCAGCGUCCAUUAAGCUUAUCCAAGAUGAUCACCCUCCAUGUCGGAUAUUUACAUCCACUAGAUUAAAGUGCUUCCUUCUUACUCUCAAAUUGUGCCAAUAUUAACAUGUCACUUUUCUUUUGAAUAGGAGUGAUCUUUUCUCGUAAAGAUGCACUCAAAAGAAAUGUGCGUGUAAGGAAAGUAUAUGAAGUGUGUGUGUAUGUAUUUUUGCCAUAAAGGAAAUUGAAUACAUGUUAAAACAAAACAUUAAUCCUACUUUAUUUGCUAUUAGAUAAUAAUUCUUACAAAAAUGGAUGAUUUUUUGGGUGUUGAAUGUCUAUGUCCAAUAAUGCACUGCUUAUAUAUCUAUCUGUAUAUUUAAACUGUGCCAAACAUAUAAAGAGGUUUUUCACCAAGUUGCAUGAAGCAAUAUGUUAAAGAAGUGCUAAUCGCUGGCCGCAGACUGAUUUUUUAUGGAGACUUCACAGAGAGUGGAGAUAGUCAACAAAGGCUUAUGAAGUCAUUGAACACUGUGAAAUGUAAGGACGUCUUUUUCAGAACCAAAUCACGUAAAAAUGAUCAUAAAUAGUGUGUUUUUAGGCAGUGUAGGGAUACAUUAGAGUAAACAGGUUUGUUUGGAGAAUGUCUUUGUAACACAAUUUUGCUAAUAUACUUUCACUGUGGUGUCGGGUAAAAAAUGCUCUUAAACAUAUUGCUCAGUGAAUAUUAUAGGCAUUUUAGCUUUAACCAGACAAUAGAAAAAAUAUGUGGGAACAAUUGGUCCGCAAGUCAUGUUGACAUUCUGGGAAAUAUACUGCACAUCUAUGCUUUCUUGCCAAGAGUGAAAUGAAAUGAUUAUUACCAUGUCAUAUCUGUGUUGAGCUAGGAGGGUGUUAGCUAGCAUAGCGCACACCAACAUUCAAAUAUAGAACUACUAAAACAUUUUAAUGUGACAGUUAGCAGUUUUUAAGGUACACUUAAUGCGCCAACAUGGGGAAAGUAAUACUUUUAUUUUCUCACUUUCAGCAAGUUGUUAAAAAAGUACUGGGGUAUCACUUUGAUUAAAGCCACACAAAACACGGCUCCGAUGCACAGCAGCAGAGGACAGCCUCCUAAAAGGAAGCUACAACAGCUUUUGGUUCAUUUUCAAAGGCAACUGCUACAAUAAAAAUCCAAUGCUGACCAGGAUUAAUCACAAACAUAAAUUAUUAGUUUCAGCCUAAUUGUAAUUAUGACAAACAGUAUAUUUUGUGAAAAGUCAACAUUUAGUCCAAGUUGGGUGCAAGACGAAAAGUCUGGUCAUCACAUUUUGAUGUCUUGUAAACAAGUGGAAAUGUAGUCCUAAUGAUGGCAAUUAUCUGGCUAGUAGUUUUGAAAAACUGUGAUGGAUGGACAGACGCACCAAAGGGCCUUGCCUUUCUUAGAACGUGAGAGAAAGUCAAUGCUUUGACACAAAUGAUACAAAUAUCUUUACCUAUGUUAAUGCUCUCUGGCUGCAUUGUUAUUUGUGAUGCUUGUGGUUUUACGCUCUUUUAUAAAAUAUAUGUCCAUGUCUAUAACCGAGAGCUGUGUAUUUGACUCCAUGCAGCAGCUACAUGCUCUGAUGCCUGCACAUGCUCAUAUUGUAUCGUAUUUAAGCAUGGGAUGAGUGGUGGAGAGUUGUUUGGUGGAGUUCCCUUGAACAAGAUAUGACAUGGGACCAACCGUGUUAUUGCUAAGGGUUUUCUGUUGUUCUAUGUAUGCCAUGUCCUAAUCAAUAUCAGUGUUUUCAAGGUAAAGUAAAAAGAGUCUUUUUACCUUCCAUAAUGACAAGACACAUGUUAUCCAUCACAUGCUAACAGAGGUAUGCAUUGUACAACAGACUCAGUAGAUCUACUUCUUCAAUGUAAGAUAACUUAGCUUGGUUCUUAGAUUGUGGUAGAAAUGAAACCGUCAGAGUAGUUUACAGCACAAUAUCACACUGUACGAUGAGUUCUAUUUUAAAUUGGAAGUCAGAAUAUCCCCGUGGGUCAUCCCUAAUUUUCCAAUGGUCCUCAUUGUAAGAGAUUGGUACGAGCUUUCUGAAUUGAAAAAGAAAGAAGAGAGAUGGACAUUUGAAAUACAGCUUAAAUGGUAAAAGUCAAUUUGGCCUCUGUCGAGAUAUCAAUGUCAUAUUAAGAGGAUAUUAAGCUGUGAUAUUUUCUUUAGCUGCUGUAAAGUACUGUUCCCAAAACUGCACCUAAUGUCCAUACUUAAUUGUUAUUGGCUAGGUUAGCGUAGAUAAUUAGGGACUGCAAACUUGCUAGCUAGGCUAGACAUGCUAAUUUCCAUGGUACAGAAAAUGACAGAGGAUGUCCUCUGCCUGUGGUUGAUAACUGUUCCCAAAGCAGCAGCUAGCAUCUCAAUGCUUUGCAAUGUUAGCUGCUACUCUUUCCCAUGUGUCCUUACCAAGUAUCGUGAAGAUGUUUUGCUGUUUUUGAGGUCAUGCAGUGCUGAAAAAUCCUAAACCUAUUUUCAGAAUAUUAAAAAGUCUAAUGAAGUAAUAGUGUUUUCAGAGUGCUUUUUGGUGGGAUUUCACUUGUCCACGUUUCCUCAGUGGAUUACUUGAGCUUUCAUGUUUAAAGGGUUGACUUUUCCCAAAAGUAAAAAUGUCCAAAUCCAUUGCUGGAAUAAGAGUCUAAGUCUCAGUGUCUUGAUUUUAAUCGUCUCUACACUGCCAAAAGGGCCAUAUUUGAAUUAAAACAUGGGUGGAGGUUGGUGCUUGUGUGUCAUUGUAUAUUGAUCAAAGAUGACCCAGAAGCCCUCGCAAAUCAGGUUGUAUUCUACAUUUCAAAAGCACACCGUCAUCAACCAACCCCGUCUUUGUUGAAACAACUACUUGAGUACGUACAAUAUGUGAAUCAACAUGUGCUAUGUAAUGUGUAACUGCAAGCAAAUAAAAGAAAGUUGCUAAUGAG